AUGUCCGAGCGAGGCCAUUUUCGUGGAGGUGGCCGGGGAGGGGGCGGAAGAGGGGGCGGAGGUGGUAGGGGCGGUCGUGGUGGUACCGGCGCAUCUUCGCAGCAGUCCAAUCAACCACACGAAAAGCCCAAGAAGGAAAACAUCCUGGACCUCAGCAAAUACGUCGAGAAGCAGAUCAAUGUCAAGUUCAAUGGUGGACGAGAAAUUGUCGGCACACUCAAAGGCUACGACCAAUUAAUGAAUCUGGUGUUGGAUGAUGUCAAAGAAACCAUGAGAGUUCCCGCAAUGGCAGAUGACGAGGGCAACGAGACAACCAGACCACUGGGCCUGGUUGUCGCCCGCGGCACGCUGCUCGUCCUGAUCUCUCCGGUCGACGGGAGUGAAGAGAUUGAGAAUCCUUUCCAACAACCGCCAGAAGAGUGA